AUGGGUGACGACGACGACGAGUGCGCGUGCUUCGUGACGAUGCGCGUGGGACGCGCGUGGGAUGAGGCGCCUCGCGCGUCUGCGCGCGUUCGGCGACCGGACGGACGGUGGGUGCGCGCGGAUAACGCGGUAGUGAUAUUGUGUCCAAUGCCGGACCCACCGUUGAUGGUGAUGACAUUGGGAGGGGAUUAUGUCUCCGAGGACGGCGCGGCGUGCGCGUUCGAGCUCGCGUUGGCGGAUUUGAACGACGCUGGCCGAGCGGCGAACGGAUUCGUGGAGCACGACGUUGGGUCCAGCUCGUCUGCGCCCUCAUCAUUGUCGAUCGUGUCGCGCGCGAUCGUCGCCGUGAUCGAUGCGGCGUUGCGAGGCUUGGAUUACAAGUGCAUCAAAAGUCUCGGCACCGAGGCGCGAUGGGGCGGCGGCGUGACGACGCGAAGCGUGUGCGAGGUGUCCGCCAGCGCGUGCGUCUUGCGCGCGCGUUUAGUGCUCGCUCGCUCGCUUCUCGUCCGUGAUGGUAUGGAUUGGCGACGAUCUAGUAGACUUGAUAAGCGCCGUCUCGUGGCGCGCGCGGUGCAAGUUGCCGUCGACAUCUUCGCGGGCGUUUGCGUCGCACGCGUGCGCGACUCGCGUGAUGUGUCGUUCGCGCUCGAGCGUGUCGCCGUCGGUGGCUGGGGCACUCGACCGGGAUCGCGAGAUCUUCUCGGCACACGAGUCAUAGAGACUAACGCGCGAUGGAUCUCCCACGGCGAUCCGCUCGGCGUCAAGUUGCACGUGCCGUUGGCUCGGGCUCUGGGAUCGCUCGGCGUCGGCUUCGCGAGCACGCUCUCCGGCGCCUAUGAAUCCAGCAGCGCGGUCAAAGCGUACCUCGGUUUCGUGUCGUUUUCGCUUCGACACGGCGGUAUAUUCGGAGCUUCCAUGGUGUUCGCCAUCGCCGCGGACACGAUGACGAUAUUUACCUCGCACAUCAGCGCCCUGCACGUGUACAGCUCGCUCUUCAUCACCGCCCAGCUGCGAUGCGUGCGAUUUCUCUAUCGACGCUUCAUCAACCCGAAGCUACCACCGAAAGGUUUCAAGGCCCCGCUCGCGGAUGCCCGACCGCGCACGGUCGAAGAAGUCGUCGUGGGCACACUCACGUUACCACCGCUCUUGCUGCUCUUUCCCACGGUAUUCUUCUAUUACAUGUCGUACUUGGUUCUCCACGCGGGCACCGUGCUCGUGCGCUUGGUCAUGGUAUUCGCUGCGUCGACGCUUCUCGCGUUCCCGACCGACGACGUCCUCGUGCGUCUGUGGACCCCCUACGCGUUUCCGCAGAGCGUUGACUUGCGCACUCGAGCCUUGCACGGCGUCGAAUUCGCCACAAUCGUCCCCACCUGUCGAUCCUUCGGCGACGUCUUGCAACCGUUCGCUCGCCAAGCGGGCGCUUGGCUUGGCGCGGUGGCCGUCGCCGUCGCUCGAGCGUGCGCGACGUGCGGACGAUUUCCCCUGGCACUAGUUCCGUUCUCUCGAGCGUAUUGA